AUGAGACCAUUAACUGAAGAUGAAACUCGAGUGUUCUUUGAAAAACUAACAAAAUACAUUGGAAGAAAUGUAGUACAUUUAAUCGACCGAACCGACGAAACUUAUUAUUUCAGGUUACAUAAUGAUAGGGUUUAUUACAUGAG